AAACUGAAGCUUUUGUUUUUUUGUGGCCACAUCCAUUUGCACCUUGUUUAAUUUGGCCCGUGUUGGCCUGUGAGUGUGACAGGCUUGGCUUGAGACUUCCGGCUGAUGGUGAGGACGGAAGAGGCUGCAGAAUGAGUCCUGAUGGUGCCAGGACGUCGUCCGAGGGAUUUAUCAUGAACCAGCUGUUCACAAGCUGGAGAGGAUUCCCCCACGCUGAGGGCAGAUGCGCAGGCAGUUUCCAGAAGCUUCCCAUGGCUCUUGCAGCUCCGCACACAGCCCUGCUGUGAGAAUGUCCCGGGGCUCAGUGAUGCGUGCAGCCUCAUGUGAGGCGUCGCCCCCGGGGCAGGGCCAGGCGGGCUUGCCUGUCAGACCUGCUCGCCUGCUGUUCAGCUCAGACCGCGCCAGCGUACCUUCUGCAGGACCAGGAAGCGCAGCAUGGAGCCGGUCCCGCGGAGAGCAGGUCCAUCCAUGGCGGAGCUGCACCGCACGCACUCCUCGCUGGCAGCCCUGGACGAGGAGACGCUGUGGGAGAUGACAGAGAGCCACCGCCACAGGAUCGUCCGCAGCAUCUGCCCCAGCCGCCUCACCCCCUACCUGCGCCAGGCCAAGGUGCUGGGCCAGCUGGAUGAGGAGGAGGUGCUGCACAGCCCCCGGUUCACCAACUCGGCCAUGAGAGUGGGACACCUGCUGGACUUGCUGAGGGCGCGCGGGAAGAACGGGGCGCUCGCCUUCUUAGAGAGCCUGAAGUUCCACAACCCCGACGUCUACACCCUGGUCACCGGGCUGCAGCCCGACGUGGACUUCAGCACCUUCAGUGGGCUCAUGGAGACGUCCAAGCUGACCGCAUGCCUGGCCGGGGCCAUCGGCAGCCUGCAGGAGGAGCUGAGCCAGGAGAAGGGGCAGAGGGAGGCGCUGAUGCUCAACCUCUCGCUGCACUACAGCAGCGCGCUGCAGGAGAAGGAGCUGGCCAGCACGCGCUGCCGCGGCCUGCAGGAGGAGGACACCCACACACAUUACUUUGUCAUUCAGGAGCUGCAGCACCAGAGGCUGUCUGCCUCCUGCGAGCGGGCGUUCCGAGAGCGGUCCCUACAGAUGGCUGACGGCCUGGAGCCCGGAGCGGAGGAGCUGAGCCGCUUGAAGGAGGAGAACGAGAAGCUCCGCUCCCUGACGUUCAGCCUGGCGGAGAAGGACAUCCUGGAGCAGAGCCUGGAUGAGGCCCUGGAGAGCAAGCAGGAGAUGGUGGACCGCAUCCACUCGCUGAGGGAGCGGGCCGUGGCCGCCGAGCGGCAGCGGAAGCAGUUCUGGGAAGAGAAGGAGCAGACGCUGCUGCAGUUCCAGAAGACCAGGGUGGACUGCGAGAUCUACAGGGAGAAGGUGACCGCCCUGCAGGGCCAGGUGGCUGAGCUGCAGAAGGAGCGGGACCAGGCCUACGCGGCCCGAGACGCCGCCCAGGUGGAGAUUGCCCAGAGCCUGGCCGAGAAGGACGCACUCCGCCGGAAGGUGUUCGAGCUCACUGACCAGGGCUGUGAACUGCGCCAGCAGCUCCACCAGCUGCAGGCCGAGUCGGCACACGGGCCCAAGCAGGAGGCGGGGCCGAGGGAGCCCUGGCGGAGGGGGAAGCAGCGGCUGGUGCGCAUGUUCGCCAUCUGCCCGCGGGACGACGGUGACGGCAGCUGCCUGAGCUCCUCCGAGCUCUGGUCGGACCUGAGCGCCACGCCCAGCCGCGAGCUGGUGGACAGCUUCCGCUCCAGCAGCCCCGUGCCCCCCAGCCAGCUGUCCCUGUACAAGCGAGCCGCCGAGGACUUCCGGGAGGAUGCUUGGUCCUUCAGUGGCUUCUCAGAAAUCCUGGAGGGGGACUGGGGAGGCUGCCCGGGAGCGAAGGCGGGUGACGUCGACCUGGAUUACGAGAUUGUAGACAGAGCAGACCUCCUGGAGUCUGAGAGUGGCCCACAGCUGAUCUCCAGGGGCCUCUGCGUCUCAGCCAGCCUUUUGAGGCAGGUGGCCCAGAAGCUCCCGAGCCAAGUCACAGUGCUGGCCUUCCAGGGGCACACACUGCUGGAGCAGAUGAGCGUCAUCGGCGGGAACCUCACGGGCAUCUUCAUCCACCGCAUCACCCCUGGCUCAGCGGCCGACGAGAUGGCCUUUUGCGCCCAGACCCAGAUCGUCACGGUGAGGUUCAGGGCCACGGAGCCCUUCUUCAAGGCCGUCCUGCAGGGCGUGACCCUGGAGCAGGCUGUGGGUCUUCUCCGCAGGGUGGACGGCUUCUGCUGCCUGUCUGUGAAGGUCAACACGGAGUGGGAAGGGGGUUAUAAGAAGCUGGUCCAGGACCUGGAGGCCAAAGUGGCCACCUCAGGGGACUCCUUCUACAUCCGGGUCAACCUGGCCCUGGAGGGGCGGGCAGAGGGGGAGCUGCCCGUGCACUGCGGCGACAUCCUGCACGUCACCGACACCAUGUUCCAAGGCCGUGGCUGCUGGCACGCCCACCGCGUGGGCCCCUACAGCACCAGGGACAUGGAGGGCGGCACCAUCCCCACCUACGCACAGGCGCAGCAGCUGCUCAUCGCCCUCCUGCAGGACCUGGCUCAGCAGAGCAGCUCCGCCCGCAAGCCGUCUUCUGGAGGCCCCCAGAGGUUGGUGCGCAUCGUCACUGUGGACAGAACCAAGGCCAGCGCCCUGUGCUCAUCCUUUGAUCGGGCCCAGUCAGACCCCAGCCAGCUGGGAGACGCCUCCUCCUGGGGCUUCUGGGCCGAGAGCUGCGUCACCCUGGCGCCCUACACGCGGGUGCACCCACGCAGGCCCAGCCGGCCCCGGCCUGUGCUCCUCGUGCCCGGCUUGGUCGGGAGGAUCCUGAAUGAGAAGCUCUGCCUGCUGCAAGGGUUUAAGACAUGCCCAGCAGGUGCGGUCCCCCCUGAGUCCCCCCCUGCAUGGGCAGGUCGGGAGGAGGCUGGGCGGAGGGGGGAGGCCGCCGGCAGCCACUGCUGGGUGACCCGCACAGCCCUGGAGCGCCUCAUGGAGAAGAACACGCACGCCCUCCUGGACAUCCCGCUGGACAGCGUGCGCGCCCUGCACAGCAUGGAGAUCUUCCCCAUCGUCCUCCACGUCGCCAUCAACGAGAAGGCGGCCAAGAGACUCAGGAAGGCCCUGCAGCGGCUGGGUGCCUCGGAGGAGCAGCUCCUGGCGGCCAGCAGGCAGGAGGAGGGCGAGCUGGACAGGGCGCCGCACCCCUGCUGCAGCCUGGCCCCCGAGGGCUGGGGCGACCUGGACACGCUGCUCAGCUGCGUCCGCUUCGCCAUCUCCGACGAGCAGAAGAAGGUGGUGUGGACAGAGCAGAGCCCCCCCUGACGGACGCUGUGUCCUCCCGACUGGUGGACCUCACACCCUGUCCUGUGGGCUCAGCUUGGGGUGCUCACCGCACACACCCCCUCGGGUCCCCUCACUGGAGUCUGACCACCACCCUCGCCACGUGCAGGCACCGAUGGGCACUCAGACCGUCUGCUCUUUUCUGCGUAAACCGUCUCCUCACCAGGACUUGGCUUGGUCUGAACCGACACCGCGAGGACGCCCCACAGGGGUCACGGUGCCUCCCCGGAGCCGGAGGCCCAGGUGUCCCCAGAUAGCGCCCAUCCGACCGACCCUGCACUUUGCUCAGAGGCUCCUCCCACACCCACCGAGGCGGCCCGAGGUCAGGCGCCCCCGCCAGGCGAGGAGGAGACCGCC